AUGCAUGGUCAAAAGUUAAGCAGCUUCCCACUCUUUAUCAAGCCAGCCUGCGAAGGAUCCUCUAAAGGCAUCUACCCCUCUUCUAAGGUAGAUAACUUUACUGAACUCGAGCGGGGUAUUCAAGUGCUCCAAACCCGCUUUCCCGGAGCAAGUAUACUCAUUGAAACCUUUCUCUCAGGUCAAGAGUAUACUGUCAGUAUUAUUGGUACAGGCAAACGUUCUAGAGUCAUUGGAACGACUCAUAUUGACUGGGAGGGACUAAGCAGACAGAAGCAGCAGGCAUCAGUUGCAGAGAAGGGGCCUGCGAAUACAUCUGACGGCAGCUUCUGGGAUGUCAAUAACAAAAAUGGACCAGAUGCGGAUGAACCGGAGCGAUUUCUCAAUAGUCGAGACAACCCUAACGUUCAAGCUGUGGAGGAUCUGGCUUUACAAGCAUGGCGGGCACUGGAAUGUUGCGACGUUGGUCGGGUGGAUAUUCGGUAUGGAGCGGAUAACCGGCCAUAUGUGUUGGAGAUUAAUCCUCUCCCUGGAUUGCGCCCGGACUGGUCUAUCCUGGCAAGGACAGCAGUUCACGAAGGUAUCAGCCACAAGGAGCUCAUUGGCAAGGUGAUUGACAGCGCCCUGGAACGAUACCCGAUUUUAAAAGCCAAGUGUGAUCAUUAA